GAAGAAGAAGAAGAAGAAAAAAGAAGACGCAACCCGGAAGUAAAUAAACUUCACGUGUGAGUGCGUUAAAAUGUCUACCGGCGUUGCAACGAAAAGACCUAAAGUUGUAGCCUCUCAGGCUGAGGAGAGGCUGGACUGGAAGAAAAGGAAAGCAGAAAGAAAGGAGGCUAAGAAGCAAACAAAAGAAGCCAAGCUGAUUAAACAGUUAGAAAAGCAGAAGCAGCAAGACGCCGCAGAUGGAGAGAACCUUGAACAAAGCCAAAACAAAAAAGGUCGGGCUUACACAGUGAGUGUGGCUCUGCCAGGUUCUGUCCUGGAUAACGCUCAGUCCACUGAACUUCGUACGUACCUGGCCGGACAGAUCGCCCGAGCCUGUGUCGUGUUCUGUGUGGAUGAGAUUGUUGUGUUUGAUGAACAAGGCGAAGAUGUUAAAAGCGUUGAAGGAGAAUUUAAAGGUGUUGGAAAGAAAGGACAUGCUUGUAUUCAGCUCGCCAGAAUACUUCAGUACCUGGAAUGUCCACAGUAUCUACGCAAGUGGUUUUUCCCAAAGCAUAAAGAUUUACAGUAUGCAGGUUUGCUCAACCCUUUAGACAGUCCUCACCACAUGAGGAUAGAUGAUGAAUCCGAAUACCGGGAAGGAAUAGUCCUCGACAGGCCAAUCAAACAAGGAAAAGGCUCAUUGGUCAACUGUGGAAUGAGAAAGGAUGUUCGGAUUGAUAAACAGCUGCAGUCUGGACUUCGAGUCACAGUAAAGCUCAGUAAAACACAGAGUUCAGAGAGCAAAAUAUGUAAAGGUGCAGUGGUGGCUCCUCAUCUGCCCAGGACUGAAGCAGGUCUCUACUGGGGUUACAGUGUUCGCCUGGCAUCGUGCCUCAGCGCAGUUUUCACUGAAAGUCCAUAUGAAGAAGGAUACGAUCUGACCAUUGGCACAUCAGAGAGAGGCAGCAGCGUGGACCAAACAACACUGUCACCAUUCAAGCAUCUUUUGGUAGUUUUUGGAGGUCUUCAGGGAUUGGAGGCCAGUGUAGAUACUGACCAAAACCUGGAAGUAACUGAUCCCAGUGUUUUGUUUGACCUUUACCUCAACACAUGCCCCAAUCAGGGCAGCAGGACCAUUCGCACAGAGGAGGCCAUCUUAGUUUCCAUGGCGGGGCUGAGACAGAAGAUCAAUGCUGCCUUUAGUGUUGUUUCCAAUGAUUCAUUAAAGAAUUAGUGUUGGAAAGUACACAAAGACAUGGUGGCAGACGUUUUUUCAUCUUACCGGAAUUCUCUGCAUUUCUUACUGUUAAAACUAUUAUAUUAUCUCAAACAUCACAUCUGUGCUUUGUGUGUUAGAUACCUGUUAAAUAUCUUUGUGUUAUUUGGUCAUCAUGCUUUCUGUCUUUGUAAAUGGCUAAGCAAAUUGUACAUAUUCAAAUACAAAUACUAUCCACAGCCUUAAA